AUGUCAACCAAGGAGUGGGAAAAGUUAAUAGACAAGGAAAUGUUAAUUAGUUUGGUGGAAGAUAGGCCAGUCCUUUGGGACAAGACGCUGGAGAAAUACAAAGACAAUACUGCAAGUAUUGCAGGUUGGCGCGAAAUAUGCAUUAUUUUAAUGGAAGAUUUUGAGGCUAUGGUACAAAGACAAGAGUUCGGUAAGUGUCUGUUUUAUUAUUUAACGACAUUCUAA